AUUUAACACCAGAGAGGCAGAAGCAUCACUCCAACCGGGAAGCUACAAGUCGUUUUCUCACAGAAAGGUCGUCAUCAACGCCGGCAAAGCUUGAACCAUGUGUGGGAUCUUUGCCUACCUGAAUUACCGAGUGCCUCGCACCAGAAAGGAGAUAUUUGAGACGCUGGUGAAGGGACUGCAGAGACUGGAGUACAGAGGGUACGAUUCAGCAGGUAUCGCCGUGGAUGGCCCGAAGACCACCACUGACGGCAACAACAACAACACUCUCUGCUUGAUCAAGAAGAAGGGGAAGGUCAAGGCUCUGGAAGAUGAGCUAUACAAGCAAGACUCACUGAAACUGGACGAGGAGCUGUGCACACACUUUGGCAUCGCUCACACUCGCUGGGCCACACACGGAGAGCCGAGCCCUGUCAACAGCCACCCUCAUCGCUCGGACAAGAAUAAUGAGUUUGUCGUCAUCCACAAUGGCAUCAUCACCAACUACAAAGAGCUGAAGAAGUACCUGAUCACCAAAGGAUAUGAGUUUGAGUCAGAGACGGACACGGAGGUGAUCCCAAAAUUGAUCAAAUAUGUUUAUGACAACCGAGAGACUGACUGCAUCACCUUCUCCACCUUGGUUGAGAGGGUUAUUCAGCAGCUGGAGGGAGCCUUCGCUCUGGUGUUUAAAAGCCGUCAUUUCCCUGGAGAGGCUGUGUCCACCAGGAGAGGAAGUCCAUUGCUCAUUGGGGUGCGAUGCGAGCAUGAGCUGUUGACCGAAAACAUCACCAUCCAGUACAACGGUGCUCACUUCAAGGAUGGACUCCAGGAGAAGAACAGCCAUAAUCGUCCCGACUGCUCCAAUGCCAUCAACUCUGUGGGGGAUGGCAGGGCUGUGGAGUAUUACUUUGCAUCUGAUGCCAGUGCCAUCAUUGAACACACCAACAAGGUGUUGUACAUGGAGGACGAUGACAUUGCUUUGGUGACCGAUGGGAAACUCUCCAUCCAUAGGAUGAACCGGCAGGCUGGUGAAGACCCAGUGAGGGCCAUCCAGACCCUACAGAUGGAGCUGAAACAGAUCAUGAAAGGUAACUUUGAUGCCUUCAUGCAGAAGGAGAUCUUUGAGCAGCCAGACUCUGUCGUCAACACUAUGAGAGGCCGGAUUUGUUUCGACACCAACACAGUGGUUCUCGGUGGGCUAAAGGACCACCUGAAAGAAAUCAAGCGUUGCAGACGGCUAAUCAUGAUUGGCUGCGGCACAAGCUUCCACGCUGCGUUGGCUACCAGACAGAUCCUUGAGGAGCUGACAGAGCUGCCUGUCAUGGUGGAGCUGGCAAGCGACUUCCUGGACCGCAACACGCCUGUUUUUAGAGACGAUGUUUGCUUCUUCAUCAGCCAAUCAGGAGAGACAGCAGACACCCUGAUGGCAUUACGCUACUGCAAGAACCAAGGUGCUCUGACAGUUGGAAUAACCAACACUGUGGGCAGCUCCAUUUGUAGAGAAACAGACUGUGGAGUCCACGUCAAUGCUGGGCCUGAGAUAGGAGUGGCUAGCACGAAGGCCUACACCAGUCAGUUUGUGGCCCUCACCAUGUUUGGCCUGAUGCUGAGUGAGGACAAGCUCUCCCUACAGGCGAGAAGACUGGAGAUCAUCAACGGCUUCAGGGUGCUACCUGAGAUGAUAAAGAAGGUGCUGGCCCUGGAUCAGAAGAUAAAGGCCAUUGCAGAUGAACUGUAUCAGCAGAAGUCUCUUCUGGUCAUGGGUCGAGGUUUCAACUACGCCACCUGCCUAGAGGGGGCACUGAAAAUCAAGGAGAUCACUUACAUGCACUCAGAGGGCAUCUUGGCUGGGGAGCUGAAGCACGGUCCUCUAGCUCUUAUAGACAAAGACAUGCCAGUCAUCAUGAUCAUCAUGAGAGAUGCCUGCUACACCAAAUGCCAGAAUGCUCUGCAACAAGUCACCGCUAGAUCGGGUCGGCCUAUCAUCCUUUGUUGCCAGGAUGACCCUGAGAUGACUAAGGAUGCCUACCAGACCAUCGAGCUGCCACAUACUGUGGACUGUCUGCAGGGCAUCCUCAGCGUCAUCCCCCUGCAGCUCUUAUCCUUCCACUUGGCUGUCCUGCGAGGAUAUGACGUUGACUUUCCCAGAAACUUGGCCAAGUCUGUGACUGUGGAAUAACUGUAGCUCACAAAGCGCAGAAGAGGAGAAAGGAGGUUCAUAGAUUUACAGUGCAAUGGUGCAAUUGAACGUUUAGUGUGUGUGUGUGUGUGUGUGUGUGUGUGUGUGUGUGCGCACGCAGAUAAGGGUGUGAGUAAGAGUGAGAGAAAGUAACAGAUGAAAACGGGGAGGUAUACGGUACAACAACUGAAUCAGUACAAUGCAGAGGUAAUGUCAGUGCCAUUGAGGCCUCAUGGAAGAAUCUAUGAAAACAACAUUCACACAUCUAAAGCGACAUGCUGAGCCUUUUGUCUUAUCUCGAGUGGAGCCAAAAACACAGGCCUACAACAGGCUUAGCAUAGAUAUGGUAUAUUGAAGUGUUUACAGUGUUGUGCAAUAUGGGGACCAAAUGUGCAUUAUGUAUGUACACAAUCAUGAAUGAGGUGAUUAAUUCUCUUCUUGUUUUAUUCAUUUCUUAUUUCUUUCUUUUCAUCUCUCUUUGCAGAAUGGGAAAUGUAGGAAUUACACUGUUUUAUUCCAGAGAGUUUUCUUAAAAAAUUUUAAAUAUAAUAUUUUGCACAUUCAUGUCAUCACUGUGCCUGGUUGGCCAUUACCAAUAACUUAAAUUUUUUAAGCAAAAGCUACCAGAAGGAAGUUCCUCAAUCUAACUUUCACAUUAUUACUUGGUUUUUCAAUGUGUUUCUGUUCCAUUUUAUUGUUAUUUCAUUUUAAUUUGAAAUAUAUUGUAUGUCUGUUCUGUUAAAAGAACUGAAGUUUCCAAAGUCAGUUCAUGGUAACAUGAACCUUUUUUUGGUGGAAUAUUUCCAUAGACAGACAUGCAGCAAAGAAAUAACAUUCAGUAACUUUCAAUAAUACUUUUUUGUCAGCUGUAUGGGUUUGUGAUAAUGACUCUAUUGUGUAUUUAUCUGAUUUUUAUUUUAUAGGGGCUUAAGAGAGGGGUUGAUUUAUAUCUAACUGUGAUUGUAUUUUAUACUGUAUGUUUUAUAGACAAAACUGGCACUACCAAUCAAUAAAUAGUUAAGUAUUCAA